ACGGACUAUCGUUGCUGGCUCAGCUCUAAUUUGUUCGGUCAAAUUCAAUAGCAAAACAACUUUUUGGCAAUUUUAGUUUAUUUUGGGCCGCAAACAUGUCGGUAACAAUGCGAAUUUUCACCGCAUCGCGCACUGGUCAGCGCAUGUUUGGCAGCCAGGGAGCCCGUCUGCUGGCCGCCCAGCGAACAGAACCGAAAGACAUAGUCGAGGUUCCCAAGGGCUAUGUGUAUGUAAACAACAAGGAGCUGAGCAUGGAGUUGGCCGACAUCACGGAUCGGGCCGCCUCCACCAUGUUCUUUGGCGAGCUCUUCCGCGGAUUCGCCGUCACCCUGGCGCACAUCUUCAAGGAGCCGGCCACUAUCAACUAUCCCUUUGAGAAGGGACCCCUGAGCCCUCGAUUCCGUGGAGAACAUGCCCUACGGCGUUAUCCCAGCGGCGAGGAGCGCUGCAUCGCCUGCAAGCUGUGCGAGGCCAUCUGCCCCGCCCAGGCCAUCACCAUCGAGGCGGAGGAGCGUGCCGAUGGCAGCAGACGCACCACCCGCUACGACAUCGACAUGACUAAGUGCAUCUACUGCGGAUUCUGUCAGGAGGCCUGUCCCGUCGAUGCCAUCGUCGAGGGACCCAACUUCGAAUUCUCCACGGAGACGCACGAGGAGCUGCUCUACAACAAGGAGAAGCUGCUCUGCAACGGCGACAAGUGGGAGUCUGAGAUUGCCUCCAACCUGCAGGCCGAUCAUCUCUAUCGUUAAAGUUGCUUGUACCCCCUAGAAUUCCUUGUUUAGAACGAUUUUCCAAUUAAAGAUCGUUGCUGUAGCCGCGUCUUAAGCGAUUGUCUUGUUGUAUUUAUAAAUGCAGAGGAUCAGGAGGAAUGCAGAUGAGUUAUAUAUUAAUGAUAAAUAAUUUGAAUAAAUUAGUAACAUACUA